UGCGCCGUCAGUGGUAGUGACGGCUGGCAGACCAUUGAAAUAAAUCCCGUGUUUUUGCAGUGAAUUAUCGCCACAUUCAAUCGGCCAAUGUUUCGAAGGAAGCUGACCGCACUGGAUUACCACAAUCCGAGCAGCUUCGACUCCACAGAUGAGACGCAGUUCAGGAACUGCAUCGUUUGGCUGGAGGACCAGAAGAUCCGACAUUACAAGAUCGAAGACCGAGGGAACCUGAGGAACAUCCCGAGCUCCGAGUGGCCCUCGGCCUUCCAGAAGUACCUGCAGGACGUCGGCUGCCCAUUUGGAGCUGCGGAGCGUCAGGAGGCUGUGGACUGGCUGCUGGGCCUUGCUGUGCGAUAUGAAUAUGGAGACAAUGUGGACAAGUACAAGAACUGUCAGCCCCUCGCAGCGUCCAACGACGGCGACAGGCCCGCGGACCCUCUGGUCAACCUGGACAGUGAGUCGCCAGACUUUAAGGCCGGAGUCAUGGCUCUGGCCAAUAUCCUGAAGAUACAGAGACAUGACGACUAUCUGGUCAUGCUCAAGGCAAUUCGCAUCUUAAUCCAAGACAGACUGUCUCCAGAGGCCAUCAGCAAAGCCAGUCAGUCCAGAGAGGGUGUUCCAGUUGCUCUGGACCAGCACAUACUCGGUUUCGACACCGGAGAUGCCACUCUGAAUGAAGCAGCUCAGAUCCUUCGCCUGCUGCACAUCGAGGAGCUGAGGGAGCUGCAGACUAAAAUCAACGAGGCCAUCGUAGCAGUGCAGGCCAUCAUAGCAGACCCCAAGACAGACCACCGCCUGGGCAAAGUGGGAAGAUGAGAGACGCUGUGCCGCUGAGCUUUUAAGUUCAAGAACGGUGGAUGAUCGUGAGCAAGUUUCUGUUAAACUGGAAUCCAAUUCUAAUUUGUGUUUCAUUUGAAGACGAAGGGACUCACUCAAACUGCCCUCAAUUCUGUUUGUUCUAUUUUGAAAUGAUGCUGGGUUCAAAUAAAAUCCGAGAGAUUAUUGACUACUUUUGU